AAAAACAAAGAUUAAGUUAUAAGUUGGGAAACUAUUUUGAGAAGAAGACAUCAAAAUGAUAGCAUUCUCGGGCAGGAAACAAUUGGGCUCGUCACGAAGUCUCGCGUGACCAACACAAAAUACGUCUACGUUUUACGUUAUGCUUGUUGAGGAUUAGCGCAAAUGUUAAGAUUAAACUUUGGUAACUUUACAAUCAUAUUUUCAGAUAUUCCAUCAGUUCUGACUUGAAUUUACGCAUACUCUACAAAACAAUAACAAUGACAAACACUAUUUCAUAAUUGCUAUAUAUUCAACAUAUCAACACAUCCGUGCGCGGAUUAAAUUGCUGUUUGAAACCUGCAGCUGUUGCAUACGCUCGUCAGUUCAUUAUCACAUUUUGAGAUUUAGUCAAAGCCGCAUGAUGGUCAAUUUCCCAUCUUGAGACGUGUUUUCGGUAAAAACAUCGGAUAAGAGAGAAAACGUCGCUAUUAUGUAGACUACCACUGCACUCUAAUGGCUGAUAAUGUAUAUUUACGAGUAGUUCAGCCAAUCAAAUUGCAGCAUUGGUAUUACUAUACUUGUAGAUCUCCACUACAAAUAGAUAGAAACACGAUAAAUGUUUUCGAUUCCUUAAGUAAGAUCUCCUUACAAUCUCAAUACAUAGCAAACCAACAAGUGAUAAGAAUGUCGAUGAGAUCUUUCCUCGAGUAAAGGACAGCACGACCAGGUCCUCACAACUGACAAAAAGAUAUGAACAUGUAUGUCAAUCAUGGAGAGGAGAAUCGACAUUUCCAGCUUGGGAAAACAUGAAAUACAUAAUUUACCAACAUUGUACAGAUUAUUACGCAAACAUAUGUCUUCGAAAAUUCAGAAUACAUCCCACUCAUAGUGGGCUUCCUGUGAAGUAGUUAUUUCGCUAAGCGGAGUUUGUCAUCCUAAAUAAAGAAUUACCAUUACCAUUCUAUAUGUCUGCGAUAGAGUUCCACGAAACUGGUGUACAAACUCUAAAAAGAUGGCCCACAUCAACUCUCACGGUAGUAGAUGGUCAGAGGUUCGUGCCGACCAAUGCCUCCAUAAGAACCAAGGAGACUUAACUGAUAAGUGUUGCGUAGAAACAGAAGGCGUGCUCGCGAAAUAAAUCACACAGUACCUCACCGAAGAAGUGGUGCAAAAGAGUGUUUUAUUUUGCGUUUUUUAAUACGUGAUGGAACAUUUCCACCUGUGCGGAAGAGAGCGGCGCCUUCCAUUCAACCAAAAAUCCCGAAAAUUUUGAAAUGGGGACAAAAUGAUACGGAAAUAUCCAAGGAAAGUUUCCAGAAAAGCCGAAAAAUUGUUGAAUUUAGGAAAAACGAACCAUUCGACCGAAAAUUCCGGAAAUUCUGGGAGGAAAAUCAAAUGGAGCAGAUAUUCUCCGUAGGACAUAUUGCGAAAAUUUGGAGAUACCUCGCCAACUUAGGUGCUUACCGUUUGUUGGAAUAAACCGAUUGGAAUGACCGUUAAAUAAUGGUAAGGGUUUUAUAGCAUCAGCAAACCAACCGAAAGAAAUGGCGCUUACCAUUUGCAAUUCGAUUUGCGGUAAUUGUUUUCGGCUGACGAGAGACUGGAAAUUGGUAAAUUUAGCAAAUGGUAAGGAAGUUUCGGCCAUUCCGUUCCAACCGGAACAAAAAGGACUACAGCUGUACCUCGAAAUGUCGUCCACAACUCCGAAUUAAUUUUCCGGAAAAUUACUAUUCCAUUUGAUUUUCAACCGAAAUUCCCGGAUUUCUGAUCUAAAUGAUAAGUACCCUUCUUCUUCAGUUCCGAAAAUUCAGGAAUUGCCGUUCCAUUCGUGAUAAGAAAUUUUCCGCAAUUCAAGCCAGAAUUUUUCAUCGAAUAGACAGCGCCCAGUAUUUAUACAAUUGUACAAGAUACGCUGCGCAUAAAAUGUCGCUAAAGAAGUAGAAAAUUAUAAAGCGGCCCGACAAAAUACAGUACGUAAUUUUUACGGCAUGAAACGCACGUAUUGUGAGAAGGUCAUUUUCAACUAUUUAAGUGGAUAAUGGAGUCUCCCUCUCGGUAAAUGUAUUUACUUAAAGUCGCUAACAAAGUGACAACAAAUUUGGUUUGUUUUCGUGCGGAAACGCAUAAAACGACAGUACGCUAUGGUGUUCCAAGAACUAAUUAUUUCUUUAUACUUUGUCUACGUUGUAGGCUACCAGAAUCAGUAAGACAAAGUUCGAGAUUAAAAACAUAACAGGUUGUGUAAAAAAGACACUCACUUUUUUAAUUAAGAACUUUCAAAAUGUAAAUAUUUUUCACUCUUGUCAAGCGAAGCAGAUAUGUUUUUAUUUAGUUGUAUUAAUUUUUUUCCAUCGUAACUAUUGGUUGCCAGUAAUUGGAAUAGCGUGAUAUCAGGUAUAUGUUAUUGCCAUUUCUAGAAAACUCUUCAAAGAAACCAAAUUUAACAAUUUUUGUUGUAAUUAUUAUUUUGGGCUCAGAGAUCAAAUGCGAGAAAUCAUUAGUACUAGUGUUUAAAUAAAUUUUCCCUUUUGAUGAAAAAAAAUCUCUAAGUCAACAGAUUCGUGUCAGCACGCUUACUUAAGAGAAGGUGGCAAAUAUAGGAUUCACCCAAAACCGAUCAAGUUGCGUCCAAGUGGUGACAGACUUUAGAAAACGCGAACACCGGGUAAUGUUUUCCUUCGUUCUUCUCGCAAUUUUUUGUUCAAAUAUCCAUCGAGCGGAUUCCAAGUUUCAUCCAAACCGUAUCUUCAAGCCGGGUGACGUAACCCUAGGGGGCCUUUUCGAUGUGCACAUCAAAGGACCAAAUGACACCUGCAGCAGCGAGUUAUUCACCAUGGGUCUUGGUCACGUCGAGGCCAUGCUCUUUGCUAUUGAGCGCAUCAACAACGAUUCCAGUAUUUUACAAAACGUCACUAUAGGUUACGAUAUUCGCGACUACUGCGAGAACGCUGGCAUGGCGAUGACGAUGGCUUACGACGUGGUUAGAAGCACCGAUCCGUUCUGCCAGUCUGGUAAGAAUCGCACAAACGAUUUGUCAUCUCAUCCUCCAGUUGUGGCUAUUAUCGGUCCGCACGAUUCCAUAAGCGCCGUGUUGGUUGGGGGUCUUCUCCAAGUAAACGGCAUCGCCGCUAUCAGCCCUUCGGCAACGAGCCACGAACUCAGCUCCAAGAUGUACCGCAACUUUUUCCGCACAGUUCCCUGCGACACAUGGCAAGCUAAGGUCAUGGCGGACAUCAUUGAGUACUUCAAUUGGACUUACGUUGCCACCAUAGCACUUGACGACACGUACGGACGACAAGGCGUCUGGGCGGUUGAGAAAGAAGUUUACAAGCGCAGAACUUUUUGCAUUGCUUAUUCCGAGUUUCUCCCGAGACUCGAUUACACCGAGAAGCUCAGUCAAAUUGUCUUCAAGCUCAAACAACAACGAAACAUUGGAGUGGUCAUUGUGUGGUUGUCAGGAGGGUAUGGAAGGGCUUUUCUACAAGAAACGAACAAACAAGGCGUGCGCGAUCGCACGUGGAUUUUCAGCGACGCUAUAACCGCCGAGGAGAGCGUGCAUUUGGACCCGCGCUUCACGGGACUCGAGGGAUCUCUGGGAAUUCAGCCACGUGACUACCGUGACAAGGCCUUCGAUGAUCACUUAAGAACGAUGACACGAGCGAGAACUUUGAAGAGUAACUUAACGUGGUGGAAAGAAUUCUGGGCUCAACAUUGCAACCGCAAACUGUCAGAAUGCACAAAGAACAUGUCCUUAUAUCAGUCGAUUAAAAAAAUUCGGAGUUCAUUCGUCCCUUAUCUUCUGGAUGCAGUAUACGCAGUUGCCCACGCUAUUGACAAAAUGUACAAAUGCGUGGAACCAAAUGGUUUACUACCGGGAGGAGAGUGUCCUCGUGUUUCACCCAGCAUUGAUACGAAAAGUCUUCCUCUCUACCUUCAGAAAGUCAGUUUCGAUGGAGUCACUGGCCGCGUGCAGUUCGACGAGUCAGGAGAUGUACAAACAGCAUCGUACGAUAUAGUAAAUUUUCAGAGGGGCGAUCUCCCAGGUAGGCGAUACAAAAAGGUCUUGGUUGGUUCUUGGAGGAAAAACGCUAAGCCGCAGCUCUCGCUAGAAUCAAACGUGUUAUGGAAUGCCAACUUGAACGGCAGCAUGCCGAGGUCCGUAUGUGUAGAGGAGUGUCCCCCAGGGACUAGGAUGUCACCGACAACACCAUGCUGCUGGGAAUGCAUUAAAUGCAAACAAAACAGCAUAAGCACGCGGCACGGUUCCCACAACUGUACAGAAUGUUCACAGAGGCAGCGAUCGAAUAAAGAGCGAACGAAGUGCACGGAGCUUCCGAUAAUAAGCAUGCAACUGAACAGCAUCAGUGGUAUACUUAUCACGGUUUUUGCCAGUUUUGGUCUUAUUUUGGCGCUUUUCACGUGGGGUAUUUUCAUAAGGCAUUUCAACACCCCUAUAGCCAAGGCCUCAAAUAGAGAAAUGAGUUUAAUACUCUUAGCCGGGGUCACCUCAUUGUUUGUAUUAUCUCUACUCAAUCUACCCGAACCCACCAACAUGAUCUGCCGAUUCAGCCACUGUGGACGGAUGACCAUUUGGAUACUGUGCGUUAGCGUUCUCCUCGUCAAGACAAUACGAAUUGCUAGUGCAUUUCAAGGGGACAUCAUUGCGCAGAACGUCAAACCCUUCAUCGCUAAAGCCAGCACUCAGAGAGCUCUUCUAGCCUCGCUUACAGCUGUGCAGAUGAGCUUGACAAUAGCGUUGCUAACGCUGGGUCCGCCUUACAAGGAAACCACCAUUACGUAUCUGAAACACAUUUCAAUCAUCUGCAAGGCAUACAGUUCACACGCUGCGGAAAACAUCGUAUUCGUUAACAUCACCUACGGAUUCGUGCUUUCGCUAUCAUGUACGUACUACGCCUACAAGGUAAGGAAUAUCCCUGAAAACUUCAACGAAGCCAAGCGUAUCGGAUUUGCCAUGUACAUCUUACUCCUAUCGGCACUGGCCUACUACCCAGUGGCGUUCGCUCUUGACGGAUGGCACAUAACCGUGCUGGAAUGCGCCACGAACAUUACUAGUGCCCUGGGAUUCCUUCUCUGCAUUUUUGCACCCAGAAUCUACAUAAUACUGUUCAAACCAGGACAGAAUACUCUGGUCGUAUCCAGAGCGCAAGUUGCAAGCUAUUCCUUUGCAACAACGACAUAUCGCGGUGCUCUUACUAAGGGUGGAAAAUUGGCCAACAAUUCGAAAAAACUGUGACCUCGUUAUUACGAUCGACAACGAGAACCGUCGACAUUUGCGAAAAAUUUUACUUUUCCAAAAUGACUGUACUGCCUCAAGUUGAAUUCCACGACGUCUAGCUAGCCGUCUAACCUACAUGUACAUCUCCAGACUUAACCUAGCAGCGGUUCCCAAAAUCAAGAUGUUAAUUCUCCUCGACAGACAUUUUUCGCACGUUAAUCUGCGGUUGUAUCUUA